CGUUUCCCACCAAUCAAAUCCAAGAGCAAAAAAAUCCAAGAAAAGAAGGGGAGAGAGAGAGAGAACACAGCUCUAGAGAGAGAAUGGAGAAGGUGAACAAGAAUGCUUCAGUGGAAGUGAUGAGCAACAAACAGGUGAUAUACAGAGAGCAGGUACGAGGUUCCCUGAAAGAGGCCAACUUGGAAGUUAGGACGAGCUCGGAGAGAUUGAAGGCCGACACCGGUUCGGGGGCCAUCGCGGUGAAGAACUUGUACCUGGCUUGCGAUCCCUACAAUCUCAACCUCAUCAAGUACUUCACUCAGCUCGGUUCCGUAAGUACCACCAUCUCUCUCAUUACAUUUACUCGAUUCAUUAUGGCGAGACCUGUUCCUGGAUUUGGAGUAGCUAGAGUUUUGGAAUCUGGGCAUCCAAACUUCAAGAAAGGCGACUUGGUUUGGGGCUUGACUGGAUGGGAGGAGUACAGUCUAAUUACUGCGCCAGAGACUUGCUUUAAGAUCGAACACGCCGAUGUUCCUCUGUCUCACUACACCGGCCUUUUGGGUAUGCCAGGCAUGACGGCUUAUGCUGGGUUUUACGAGGUAUGCUCUCCUAAGAAAGGAGAGACUGUUUUCAUAUCGUCGGCGGCGGGGGCUGUUGGUCAGCUUGUUGGCCAGUUUGCAAAGUUGUUGGGAUGUUAUGUUGUUGGCAGCGCCGGUAGCAAAGAGAAGGUUGAUUUGCUGAAGAACAAGUUUGGAUUCGAUGAUGCUUUCAACUACAAGGAGGAACUGGAUCUGGAUGCAGCACUGAAAAGAUGCUUCCCCGAGGGGAUCGAUAUCUACUUCGAAAAUGUCGGCGGAAAGAUGCUUGAUGCGGUGCUGCUCAACAUGAAACUUCAUGGCCGAAUCACAGUAUGUGGAAUGAUCUCACAGUACAACCUCGAACAGCCCGAAGGCGUACACAACUUGCUGAACCUCCUCCUGAAGCGGGUUCGGAUGGAAGGUUUCUUGGUGUUCGAUUACUAUCAUCUCUACCCAAAGUUUCUGGAGACGGUAUUGCCUCAGAUCAAAGAGGGGAAGAUUGUGUACGUGGAAGACAUCGCCGAAGGGCUCGAGAACGGUCCGGCAGCUCUUGUCGGGGUGUUCUCCGGCCGCAAUGUCGGGAAACAGGUGGUCAUGGUUUCCUGCGAAUGAGUCAGCUUUCUGUACUUCUUCAUCGGCAUAAUCUUUUUUUUUCUCGUGUUUUCAAAAGGGGUUGUUUUCUGUUUAUCUGUGCGUUGCCGUUCUGUCCUGCGAGGUCGUUUGUGUAUAGAUGCGUCUCUUAUAACAAGGGACCAGACCAUCUGGUUGGGUUGUUUUCCGGCAGCAAUGUUGGCAAACAGGUGCUUGGAGUUUCUCGCGAAU